AUGUCAGCCCGCGUCGAUACACUACCUCGUGUCGAACAGGACGAAGCGAUAUCAUCCAAGGAUGAGUUCAAGGAGAAGGACUCGGGAUCGCUAGCAGAUGAGAGCGAGAGCGAGGUGGACGGCGCCAAAAGGGUGAAGGAGGUAGAGGAGUUCGAGGAACGCCUUGCGCGGGAUGAGGCCAGCGAUCACGAAUAUCUAGUCGAAAACGCGCACGACGUCGCGAUCAAGGUCCUCUCGACGCAUGACGAGCCCGAACUGCAGGCUGUUACAUUCCGUACUUUCUUUUUGGGCUUGGGAUUCUCGGCCUUCGGUGCGGUGCUCGCGCAAAUCUACUACUUCAAACCCCAGACGCUCGGCGUCUCGACCCUCUUUCUUCUCGUCUUGACAUACUGGUUCGGCAACGGCAUGCACAUGCUACUCCCGGAUCGGGGCGUGUUCAGGCUGUUCAAUCCCGGACCGUUCAACAUCAAGGAACACGUAGCCAUCAUCAUCAUGAGCUCGACCGCGGCCGGUUCUGCGACCGCGAUUCAAGUCAUCUCCGUGCAGGAUCUAUACUACAACAACAAGAUGAACGCAGGAGUCGCGAUCUUUACGUUAAUCGGCUCCCAGCUGAUUGGAUACGGCUUCGCGGGCCUUCUGUCUGAUGUUCUGGUUAAGCCGACCAAGUGCUUCUGGCCGGCGAAUAUAUCCACGGCCAACCUGUUCCAGGCACUUCAUUACGGUAAUUGGAUCCCGUGUAUGAGAGUUCGUGUCUUCUGGACAGUUUUCGGAAUUCUAUUCGUUUGGGAGAUAUUCCCGCAAUGGAUCUUCCCACUCCUCACUGGAGUCUCGAUAUUCUGCCUCGCGAACAACAAGUCAACCGUGUUCCGUAACAUCUUCGGCGGCGCGUCGAACAACGAGGGCAUGGCUCUCCUCUCGUGGUCUUUCGACUGGAACCUGAUCGGCUCCGCGUGCCUCUACAACCCCAUCUGGCUCCAAAUCAACCAAGAUAUCGGCAUCAUUUUAACGUACAUCCUCAUGAGCGCGGUUUACUACGGCAAUAUCUGGCACGCGAAGGAUUUCCCGUUCAUGUCCCAAGCGAUAUUCUCUGCCAAUGGAAGUCAGUAUCCGCAGACACAAAUUCUGACCGACGGCAAGUUCGAUCAGGCCAAGUUUGAGAAGGCUGGUCCCGCGUUCUUCUCCGCAACCAACGCCUUGUACUUGAUCACGUCGAACCUGUCCCUCGGCGCGGUAGUCACACACGUCGCCCUCUGGCACUGGAAUGACCUCAAGCCCUUUGUUCAAUCGCUGAAUCCGUGGAACAAGACCAAGCACCUCAUUUAUGACGAGCAUUAUGAGAAGAUGAAGGUUUACAAGCAGAUUCCGCGAUGGUGGUUUGUCUGUGUGCUAAUCGGGGCCUACGCCAUCGCGCAAGCCACUAACUAUACCGGUCAUUCUGGCCUUCCAUGGUGGACACUGACGAUCCUGGUUCUCAUCUCUUUCAUAUUUUGCGCGCUGUACGGCACGCUAGCUGCCACCAUUGGCUUCUACGAAUUCAAUUCCUCGGGUACGGGAUUCUUCCAGAUGAUCACCGCUUAUAUCCUACCGGGGAAACCUGUCGCAAACAUGUACGGUGCUUUGUACGGCCAACAUCCGAUGAUCCAGGGAAUCGCUCUUCUGCAGGACUUGAAGCUCGGACAAUACGUGAAAUUAGCACCUAGAGUUACAUUCGCCAUGCAGCUCUCCGGUACCGUCGUCGGCGCGAUCCUGAACUACGUCAUGGCGUUGUCCAUCAUCCAAAACCAGCGCCCGGCCCUCCUGUCCGUCUCAGGGACUCGUCUGUGGUCCGGCCAGAACGCUCAGAGUUACAACUCGAACGCCAUUGCCUGGGGCGCACUCGGUCCUCAAAUGUUCGGCCCGGAUGCAACCUACCGGAUGGUGCCAAUAUCUUUGGCCAUCGGGGUGUUCCUUCCUUUCCCGUUCUACAUCGCUCACCGCAUCUGGCCGAAAGUUGGGUUCCAGAAUUUCAACACGUCGAUCAUCAUGCAGUACUCUUGCUAUCUUUCCGUCGGCAUCAAUACAUCCGUCAAUCCGGCGAUGGUGAUCGGCAUAUUCUCUCAGUGGUGGGUACGGACGCGGUACCCUCGUUGGUUUACGAAGUACAACUACAUCGUCGCUGCUGCCAUGGAUGGUGGAACACAGGUCAUCAGCUUUAUACUGAACUUCGCCGUCUUCGGUGCGGCGGGUACAGCGCAUGCGUUCCCUACAUGGUGGGGCAACGACAUCAACCUGUCGGCGGACCGAUGCGCGGCGCCAGCGCAAUAG